AUGUCCAAGCGGCUGCGGAGCAGCGACGUGUGCGCCGAUUGCAGCGCUCCCGGUAAGCGCCGCGGGAGACCAGGGGCGGACGGCGGGCGGGCGGGCGGGGGGCCACCGCGGAGCUCGAAGGAGCCAGGCGUCCGAGGGACCCAGGCACCCCAGGGCUGCCUCCCUGGUCACGGGGCUGCCGCGGGAGAGGCCGCCGGGGAAAGGGAGGGCUACGAUCCUGCUGAGGGGAGGCCCGUCUGGGGGUGUGCAGGGGGCCUCUGGGCAUGUGCAGAGGGCCUCCCCUCGCAAGCGGGUGGGGGAAGGAGCAGGUACCGAGGGGGGAGCCCCGGCACCUCUCCGCUCUGGGCUUGGGGUGUCUGUGAGGGAGGGAGGGGUUUAAAGAGGGCCCCCCAUCUCCCCUUUGCACAUGGGUUUCCCUCGCCCGCCCGGGAACAAGAGGCUUUGCUGGAUGGGCCCCACUAGCCUCCUGCAGGCUCUGCUCGGGUCCUUGCAAGGCGGGCUUCCCAAAGGCUUCCCCCGGCCCCGUGGGAUGCAGGAUGCUAGGCUAGAAAGGCCUUGGGCCUGAUCCAUCCACAGGUGGUUAUGUUUUCCAAAAUCACCAGCACCCAGCUUGGGGGCAGUUGGUGGGACACACCCUCUUCCCCCAGGGCCUUUGAUGGAGAUGACAUUCUGGGCCCCAAACAGGAAACCAGCUGCGGAAAUUGCUGCGUCCUGCCUUGAGUUAAUUGCAGGUGGCAAGAGAAAGCAGCAGCCAGUUCUCAGAAACCCAGCCGGCUCUGCUUGUGGUGGCACAAGGGGCCCGAGCCUUUCCCCUGCACCUUGGAUGAACGAGCCAGAAUUGCCCCUGACAUCAGAGCCUCGUGUGGCUACCAAUGGUUGCCCCAUGGGCUGUUGUUGUGGAUCUUCCUGCCACAGCGAAUCUCAGGUCUGCCUCGUGGUCUGGGCACAAUUCAAGGUACCGGCUCUGGAUGAUUUCUUCCUCCCCAUUGCACCAUCACGAAAGCACUACUUCAGCUCUGCCAUUUGUGGGCUGAGUUCACACAGCCGAGGGCACUUGGGCAUACACCACAACUGUGGCAGUCACUUCCCCCAGAUCAGACAGAGGCAACUUUGGUAAUCUGUGCCCCCAACUCAAAAACCCAUGAGUUGUCCUUCUGUAAGUAAGUUGCCAACUUGUACUAGUUGGGGAGCCUGCCUAGCAUCAAGUACAAAAUAUAUAUACUGGCAUACUGCACAUAAAUCCCAAAUGAGAACUCUGAGGUUAAGCGUAGAUGCUCUUCUUUCUUGCAGCUUGCAAUUCCACUUUGCUGCAUUGUAAGUAAGUCGUUUUUAGGGUGGAGGCUGAGUUGCCGUGCUCUUGAAAUGCACAGGGGACCCUAAUAAUUUAUGUGGAAAUGGGAAUUGCUGGUUGUUUCAGCAGCCUUGCCCCAUAUCUUUCCCCACACUUAAAACAAGUAUGCAAGCAUUUCUUCAUUGUGUGCAUUCUUCAGCUCUUUCAGGGAGAACUGACAAUUUCCCUCUGCUGUUCUUACAACUUCUCUAAUAAUGAUGCACCUUUGCAGUAAAGACAGUAGUGUAACAGAUGUUCUAUUCGGCUUCAGUUCAAGAGAUCGCAUGCUUUGCCAGGCACCUUCCCAUUCUGCUCCGGUUCAGCAGAGAGCUUGGCUUGUGACUCAAGGCCAAAUCUGGCUUGAUGCUUGUCAUGCUUCCUGUUUUGCGUGACCCUGGCAUGUUCUUUGCAGCUUGUUUUAGCUCAUGCCCUGGGUGCCUUCUCUGAGCUCAGUACAAAUCCAGAUUUCCUUCCUUGUUUGGUGAUGCACAAAGUACAGUAGUUUUUAAAAUAUAAAAACUGGACCUGAGAAACCCAACACUAUCUGUGGCUGAGGUGGACGGUAGUGGAAUUUAUUUGCAACCAAACUCCUGCCUUUCUCUCUUCCUAUGCUAAAUGUGCCACUGUUUUUCUUUCAGACCCAUGUUGGGCAUCAGUUAACAGAGGAGUUCUGAUUUGUGAUGAAUGCUGCAGUGUUCAUAGGAGCCUGGGCCGGCACAUCUCCCAAGUCAGGCACCUGAAACACACACCGUGGCCCACAACGCUGCUUCAGGUAACACACACUGGGCUCAUCAUGCCAUUGAGCCUCGCUGCUGCCCAUGCAAAUGACCACCCCUCCUGCCUAACAGCUUCCCAUAGUAGUCGUGUGUGGCCCAAAGGUGGAUGGGGCAGAGGAAGAGAAGAGCUUGCUUGUGUAAAGCUUCCUUGUCUUGUCCUGCGAGGCCAAGGCUUACUUGUCAGGGACAGCCAAACAAGUGGCUGUGUAAGCACUUAAAUUAUAGUUUGGUGCUGUGUUUGGACCAAUUUGUAAAGUGGAUCUGAGUUGAUGUGCUUUUCUCUUCUGUUCCUGAUUCCACUUGCUUGCAAGUAAACCUGUUUGGUUCAAAUGGGGCUUAAACAUCCAAUUGAUAUGUUGCAGGUCCAGAGGACUAUCCAGUCUUAGAGUCCUCUUUUUCUUUUUAUGCACAUGUAUGGGUGUGUUCCAGGGUUUUCUCUUCAUAUUUGUGUGUCAAAACUGCUUUAUUGCAGAGAGUGCCUUGUUCUUCAUAAGCCUCCACCUUUGCUCCAGUAAACGUCCUUGCUGUUGAAGCAACUCUUUUAUCUGUGGGCCUGUUCAGUGGCAACACCCUCCUGCAUUCCUCCUGCUUCUGGGACUCCUGUGGGAGGACAGGAUGCUGGGCUAGAUGAGCUCUCUUUGGUCUGGUCCAGUAGCCAGGCUCUUAUGGGGGGAGCUGGAAAACACUGACCUAUGGAAUGCAUAUCACAACCAAAUGCUUUCUCCCAAUUUAAUGAUUCUGUUUGUCAACAUUCCCUAACCUUUUGCUUUUGGUGCUUUUUUAACGUUUUCUAAUGUAACUGCAGUUGUAUGGGGGGGAGUGGGGGGGAUGCAGGGGGGUUGCAAGCAAACUCUACUUGUUCACUGUCACUAUGACUGCAAAGCACUGUGGCAUGAUUCCCCACUCAGCCACACAAAUCACUAGGUGGCCUCAAGUCCCUUGCAAACUCUUGGCCUGCCUUACCUCUGGUGGAGGUGAUGCACCUUACCCGGAACUCCUUUAGAGGAAGGUCAGAAUAAAUAUGUGUUAAAGUGUGCCUGCUUGUUCAGAUCUUUUAAAGCUAUGAAAGGCAGACAAGAAAGGCUGUUUUCCCCCUUCCAGAGCUGGCAAUAUAAAAUCAGAAGGCUUGUGGUUGUUUCUUUAAAAAGCAUCCUGCCAAGUGUUUUGGGGCCACAUAAAACAGUAGCUAAUUAGACAUAGGUUCCUUUACUGAAAAUAGUUUAGCAGGCAAAGGAGGAAAAAACUCCAGGAAACGUCUUGAGCUUAUCGGUUGUUUCAUAGAAUCAUAGAGUUGGAAGAGACCACAAGGGCCAUCGAGUACAACCCCCUGCCAUAUUUCAUUUAUGGUUUGAUUGAUUCUGGUGUUGUGUGUUAAAACAGCUCUGGGUUUAGUUUUUUUUUAACAAGCAUUAUGUAAAUUUUAAUAAAUAAAAUAAAUUUUUGAAGAAGUAAUGAAAUGAGACACAAAUUGCAAAAAGACAGAAUAUUGUGCAUCAAUGCACAUUGCUGAAUGUGUCCAGAGAUUGACUAUGCAGCAGACUUCAAAACUGGUCUGGGGCCUUUCGAAAUGCUGAAAUGGAUGUUUUUUGCACAUUAAACCCAAUACUGUAACCCUUAACUUUAUUCUAAAGGUCAACAAAACUUUGAGCAGAGCCUUGAGAAGGGCUGUUUCUGUAAUAAAUGCUGAUGCAUUAUAGAACGUUUGCAGAGUACACCUGCAGAGCUCCAUGCCAGCAACAGGACAACUGUCACCUAGCGUCUAAGUUGCUCUGGACAAGAGGAAGACACCAACUCUAUGCUUCGGGUUCUGCUUUGUUUUUUGCAGAUGUUGGAAACCUUGUACAGUAAUGGGGCUAACUCCAUCUGGGAACAUUCAUUGCUGGAUCCUGCAUCUGUCAUGAGCGGAAGGCGCAAAGCAAACCCCCAGGACAAAGUUCAGUAAGUUGGAUCGGGGCGGGCAGGUGGGGGGGAGCAAUGCCUCUAUCUUCCCUAGAGGGCCAAAGGGGCAAACCUACGGCAACCUCCAGCAAACCAUGGCCAGGGCUGGAGCCGAUGUGAGCCAAUCCUGAUCCUGCCUCCCACAUUGCCCAAGCAGAGGAAAACACUCUUGGUGGCAGAUGUGACUAAAAUGGAGAAAGCCUCUUUAUUCAGAGAGCUAUUUGGGGGUGGGCGUUCGAGGAGCACACCGGAUCAAAACGUCAGAAGUGUGGCUGAGUCCAUGGCCUCCUGCUGCUGGAGGAGCACGAUUGGGAUGCUUGUUUCAAAUCAGCAUGUGAAAUUCAGACCACCUCUGUGGUCUCCUGGGCCAUGGCAUCUCUUGCAUGGCAUGCUUCCUCUCCCCAUCAAAUGCAAUUUUUUCUCACCAUCCUUCGCCAACAGGGACAUUGAGUAUUUUUAUAGAAAGUGAAUUUUAAAAAAUAUAUAUUAUUGCGUUGUUGUUGUAUCUCACCCAUCUGACUGGGUUUCCUCAGCCACUCUGGGCAGCUUCCAGCAUAUAUAAAAACUUAAUAAAACAUUACACAUUAAAAGGCUUCCCUAUUCAGGGCUGCCUUCAAAUGUCUUUUAAAGGUUAUAUAGUUACUCAUCUUCUUGACAUCUGAUGGGAGGGCAUUCCACAAGGUGGGUGCUACUACUGAGAAGGCCCUCUGCAAGUGUUCAUCUUACCCACAGGAUUAGGGCCUUAGUUUCAAGCUAAAGGUGCUUAAUUAGGGAUCACAGGCGCAACUACUGAGUAAAAGGCAUUGGGAGCAUGACUUUGUCAAAAGCCUUACUGAAAUCAAAAUACAUUGCAUCCACAGCAUUCCCCUGUUCCACCAAGCUUGUAACUAUCCAUAGAAUCAUAGAAUCAUAGAGUUGGAAGAGACCACAAGGGCCAUCGAGUCCAACCCCCUGCCAAGUAGAUCCAAGUAGAGCCAAAUCCAAAAGUAGAUCUCACUCAUGAGACGUUUUAUGCUCUUCUGUGGUGUAGUUCCUUUUCCUUUUGACUCACUUGUAGCCCCAAUAAAGCGGAAUUCAUCAGAGCAAAGUAUCAGAUGCUGGCCUUUGUUCAUCGCUUACCAUGUCGGGAUGAUGACAGUGUGACUGCCAAAGACCUUAGUAAGGUAAGAUUCCCUCAUAUGAAGACCUCUGAGUUUGGAUCAGGCUGAAGGCCCAUCUAGUCCAACAUUCUGUACUCACUAGAUGCCCACUUUAUGGGUAGUUAGCUGAUCAGGAUGUGUUCCAUCCACAGUAUUUAGCUGCCCCCCUGACACUUUGGGGGGAAAGGUAUGAUUGAGUCCUAAAUGCUUCAGAGGCCACUCUGUGUCAAAAUCCAAAUUCUGAUUCAGAAAAAAGAAACUUAAUAUUUCCUUUUUUUACUAAUGAGGAAUUGAAAAAAUAACUUCAUUUUUUACAGAAUUGGAUGAAAUUUACAGGCAUAGUAGCCCCUCCAGAUUGGAUAAAGGACUACCAAAUUAGACACAAAAAGGUUUAGGAUUCCCCCCCUCCCCCACUGGGCUCAUCUGUAAAAUUCAUCCCUUCCACCCCCCAAAAAGGGAACCAUCAAUACUUAAAAAAAGAAAAAAGAAAAUAUUUCUGCAGAAAUGGAUUAACUUUUCAAGCAGGGUAGCACCUUUUGUGUAUUUACAGUUUGGGGGCAGUUAAAAAUGAUUCAUUUAAUUGUUUUAUAAACAACUUGUGUGAAAACAAAGGGUACAUCAAAGGUGACAAAUUUGCCAAAUGACAGACAAAUCAGCCCAGAGAUUUUAGUGCUUGGUGUCUUUGAAGUUGAUUUUGAGCAGGGGGAGAACUAGAAAGGAUUUGCUUCCUUCCCUGUGAUAUAUUGUGGGCAACAGUUCCAUUAUGAAAUCUUAGAGGUGUCCCUUGGAAAAUAACCUGCAAAAUUUUGGAAGAUAAGAUGUAUGGGCCAGAGGGUUACAAUGAAUGAAAACCAAGAAACACAGCUUCAGGCUUGUAUUCUGCUCAGUGACAUCAGUUAAAUCUUAAGUGUGAAGCUGAUCUGAGUGGAUGUUUUUAUGAGAGACGGAGAAACAUCUGUCACUCCCUCCACACCAGCCUUCCCCAGCCGAGAGCCCUCCAGAAGUUUUGGGCUGCAGCUGGGAUGGAUGGGUGUUGGGGGCCCCAGGUUACCUGGAGAGCUGCAGGUCAGGGGAGGUUACUCCACUCCGUCUGCCAUUUGAUAAACCUUUUUCAUGUCUCCACACCUUAUUUGUCGGUUGUAGCUGGCAGGUGGCUAGAGGCCAGCCUCGGCGUCCCCCAAAGCAAGCCCCUCUGGGAAUCCCUGGAAGGAGUUACUGGGACUGUCAGCACAGGUUUCUCAGCUGCGGUGAGGCGAGAGAAAAUUCUCUGCUGACCUCUUUCUCUCCCUUUCAGCAACUCCACUCGAGCGUCAGGACAGGGAACCUGGAGACCUGUUUGCGGCUUCUCUCUCUGGGCGCCCAGGCCAACUUCUUCCAUCCAGUAAGAGAAGGCCUUUGCAUGAGCUUGGCCAUCAUUGCUUUGGGCUGGUCUGCAGCAGCUUCUCAGCAAAUGCCUGUUAACUCCCCUUUGCAGGAGAAAGGGAACACCCCGCUGCACGUAGCUGCCAAGACGGGUCAGAUUUUACAAGCGGAGUUGUUGGCGGUGUAUGGGGCUGAUCCUGGCACACAGGACUCCAGUGGGAAGACGCCUAUUGACUAUGCAAAGUAAGCCAUUUCAAACUUGGGGGGGGUAUUGUUGGCAGGAAAAAAACUAAGAGCAAGUUCCAAAAUCCCUUUUGGAGUGGGUGGGAGAUGGACCAAACCUCCUUACUAUUGAAUUUCACUGUUUAGUGACAUGAAAAACUUUCUCACCGUAUCCCUUCCUCUGUUUCUGAGGCAACGGAGGAUCUCUGCAGCUAGGUUAGAAGGAGGAGCUCUAUGUGCUGUGGGAUGCUUUCACCCACUUAAAAUAAGGCAUGGUGGCUUUCAGUGCCUUAUUUUAGAUAGCAAACCUGUGCAGUACAGUGGUACCUUGGGCUAACUUAAUUCUUUCCGGAGGUCCGUUCUUAACCUGGAAGCACCACUUUAGCUAACGGGGCCUCCUGCUGCUGCUGCGCUGCCGUCGUGCGAUUUCUGUCUCAUCCUGAAGCAAAGUUCUUAACCCGAGGUACUAUUUCUGGGUUAGCAGAGUCUGUAACCUGAAGCGUCUGUAACCUGAGGUACUACUGUAGUAUAUUUCACUCACCCUGUGAGUAGGAUUGCAGCCUCAGAAGUCACCUGCAACAGAUUUUUAUUAUUGUUCUUAUUGAUGUUUUCAACUCAACAGUAGUGAUUUCUGAAUGAAUCUCCCACCCACCUUUUGCCCAAUAGGCAAGGAGGGCACCAUGAGCUGGCAGAACGCCUUGCGGAAAUCCAGUACGAGCUCACGGACAGGCUGGCAUUCUAUCUCUGUGGCAGAAAACCUGGUAAGGGUCUGACUAGGUUUAUUUCAUGUUAUUGUGGUUAUUUCAUUUCCCCCCAUAAAAUUUGAAUAUCGGUUGAUUGCUAAAAAUAAACAAACUUCAGAGUAGUGUCUCACACCCUCCAACAUUUCUCUGAUGAAAAUAGGGAUGUCCCAUUCCAUAAUGAUAAUGUUACUCUUUAUACCCCAGCACAUCUGACUGGGUUGCUGCAGCCACUCUGGGCAGCUUCCAACAUCUAUAAAAACAUAAUAAAAUAUUAAACAUUAUAAGAAAAAACCCUUCCCUAUACAGGAUUGCCUUCAGACGGCUCCGGGGUUGGAUAACUUCAUACUCACCACCAUUUCCCCAAUGAAAAUAGGGACGUCCUUAGGAAAUGUGGGGCAUUCUGGGAUCAAAUCAGAAACCAGAAGAACUUCUCUAAAUCAGGGACACCCCUGGAACAGGGACACUUGGAGGGUCUGGUGUCUGUUUGUAGAAUAAGAGUAAGAGUAAAAAAGAAAAAGACAAUAAAAAUAUCAGUAAAAACAGUUCAUAAAAGGUGUUAAAACAUUCAAAAAAAUAGAAGUCAGUGAUAAGCUAAAAAUGGAUUAAAACCCAUGUCAAUAUUCUCCAUAUCUGAGAAGGCUUGUCAAAGCCAAAAUGUUUUUAGCAGGUGCCAAAAAGAGUGCAGUGAAGGUGCCUGCCUGAUGUCAACAGGCAGGGAGUUCCAGAGUGUAGGUGCUGCCACACUAAAAGAUUUCUUGCUAAGGCAGAUCAAUAAUUAGGUGGCCCCUGUAACUGUGCUGGUUUUGUUGAUGGAAUCAGUUGAGGGGCAGAUCUGGGGUCACUUUAUGUACUGUUAGUAACACCUUGAAGAUGGCUCACUAGCAAAUGGGCAGCUUCUGCAAGUCCCUGAGCAGAGGUAGUCUUAUGUUCUAUCCUGCUUUACUUCCAGAGAGCUCGGGGUGGAGUCCAUGGUUCAUGCAUCCCCCCGCAUCUACUUAUUUGAGAAGUGGUCCAGCAGGAAUGGGGGGGGGGGGCACAUAUGUUCAUCCUGGGUUGCCAUUAUCUUUUAACCCCUCAUGACUGCUGUAGCUCAAGGGAGGAGAGACUUUAGACUUGCAGGAACUACUUGACUUUUUCCUAGAACUGUAGUCUGGUAUAAAAUAUGUAUUCUGAUCCCAGGAAUUUGUUUGGAGUACCAGAACUGAGGUGAGCUCACAUUCCUUUCACACAGAAAUCCACACCUGGUGACACCCACACUUCAUUCACUUCUGCAGACUAGUUUGGGUGUGGGAGGGGUCAUUCUGUUGCUGCUAUAAGCAGAUGGGAGUCAGAAACCCUUACCGAUCUACUGCAGGAGAUCCAGAUCUGCUUCUGCCUGUCCUAGCCCUGCCAGAAUGCAGCCCUCAGACCUCUCCAGUUCAUGCAGGCACUGAAAAGGCUGCUCAGCUGAAUCAAGUUGUGGCUUGUGGAGAACUGUGGGUUGAGAUAAUGACAUGAUCCUUUCUCGCACCUAAUGCUCUUUUGAAACUUCAUUUUCAGAUCACAAAAGUGGACAACAUUUUAUUAUACCUCAAAUGGCAGACAGGUAAGAAUGCAAAGCACUAAUAAUAUGUGGUAAUAGUAUUGUUGGCCAAAUCAAAUGACAGUCGUAGAUUCGUUUGAUUGUCAAGAGUGAUGUGCGCUCAAGCUUUGAUUUUUGUCUUCCUUCUCCUUGCAACCUCUCCUUGUCUUCUGUUAAUUGAUUGAGGUGCCUAAAGUCUUUCCUGAUUGGUGGGGCAGAUGUUGAUAAAUAAGGCAAAUAACAUUAAUAAAUUUAAUUGAUAUUUUUUCUCCUGCUGCGGUCCCUUGGGGAUUAAGACGGCUGUAAGUAGUUCAGUAGUUUAAUUUACCAUUUAACUCUGCUAUGUGAGGGUUGAAAAUUAGGUACUUGUCACAAAACACACUGAUAACUCAGCUGUGCACUAGAAAGUGUGGACAAUAAGUGUGGGUUGGUUGUUUCAUUUCUGUGUAUUAUGUGACCUGUUUUUGCAGAAGUUGUUAAACUGAGGAUCUGUGUUCUGGCCAGCGCACCCUUUUGAGAUAAGCCUUUCAUCUCAGAAAGAUUUAUCUCAAAAGAUUACUCAGGACAGGGCUUUGAGUGUGGCUGCCCCUGUUCUGUGGAAUAACAUCCUGCCCACUAUCUGGACCCUCCGGAAAGAGUUGAAGACAUUUUUGUUCCAACAUACCUUCCUAGCUGGACAAUUGGGUCUUUGCCAUGAAUGUCUAGUCUGUAUGGUUUUAGGUUUGUUUUAAGUGUAUCUGGGUGUUUUUUGGUUGGGGAGGCUGUGUGUGUGUGUGUUUAAAUUGUUUUUUCCUGCUCCCCUCCCUCUGUUUUUUUUAUGGUACAUCACCUUGAGAUGAUUCUGUUGAAGGCGAUCAAUACAUUUAGAUGGUGACUGAUAAUAUAUCCAGUGCUUUGGGGGGGCGCAGGGGUACACAUACCCCUAAACCUUUUGUGAAUCUUUGUACUUUUGUCCCCCGAUUUGAACUAUAAAAUGGUGAUUUUCUUGAGUCAAAAUGAGAGUACCCCUAAACAUUUUUUUAGGGGGGAAAGCCCUGAAUAUACCUUUAGGUUAUCUCUCAGGGCGUGUGUAAUUAAGUUUAUAUCAGUCUAUAGGCUGACAUUCCAGCAGAAACUGUCCACAAGCCUGCCUGCUAUGAGAAGCAGAUAGAUAGAUAGAUAGAUAGAUAGAUGAUCGAUAGAUGAUAUAAAAGCAUCAAGCAGCACUUCACACAAGCUUUCUCUGGAUCCCUUUUAGAAUUCGGUUAAUCACUUAAAUAACAUACAUGUUACUGUGAUUAACAAAACAGGUUUUAUAUUUAUGUGGCAAACCAUUUCCCCUUCCUUCUUCAUUAGCUGCUGUGAUAAAAAAUGAAAUGAUGCAGUAAAAAGCAAGAGGACUAAACUACAACUGUGUCUGCAUUCUUGGUCAAGGAAUGACAGGCGCGUAACUUUAAUUUUCACCCCUCUUUGUUUAUUCCUUGCCUAGUGGUGCUUCCAAGGUUCAGGUGUCAAUAAAUACAGUGAUCACUUCUUUCUUUCAUAGCAGUUUAGAUUUGUCAGAACUGGCCAAAGCAGCCAAGAGGAAGCUUCAGUCAGUGAGUAACAUUUUCUCUCUGCUUCCCCGCCCGCAGCUUUGGCUUUUCAGGGAGGAGGAUUGGACCCUGGGUGGGACUGGGGAGGGUGCAGAGGGUGGGUUGGAUACAGAGGGAGUACAGCUUACCAGGAGUCUUUAGUGUGGAAAGCAACAGGGACGAAGGAACAAGCCUUAGGGGCUUUUUUAGAUUUUUAUAUCCUUCACUUUAAAGAGUGUGUUGCUGGUGUUAAACUCCUGGGAGUAGCCAGCAGCAACUCGAGCAGCUUUUGGCCCAUGCUGAGGUGCCAGUGGAUUGACUCCUGAGAGGCGGCAGCCCUUGCUGGCUGAGUGCAGAUUGUGCCACAUUGAGUUUGUACCACAUUGUCCCUCAUCUGCCCCACUGCCCAUUUGCAUGCUCUAAAGAGCCACCAUGCUGUCACGGACUUGAUGUCAAUAGAAUUGCCCCAGACACCCAUUGGCUUCCCCUUGUUUGAGUGGGGCAGGGCUUCCCCAUUCCACCCCAGAGCCCACCAAGCCCAGCUUUGAAGGGGCUGGUGGCAGAAGAGCAGAAUGUGUGUUUCAGUGCUGGGGGGGGGGGGCGGCAAUGGUGGGGAAAUGCUGUGGGCUUCAUGAGGAGGGUUUCCUGGUGGGGCAUCUGGUGGCUGCUGUGAGAAGCCUGGCUAGAUAGAUGGAAGUUAAGCUGAUCCACCGGCUGGCAGGCAAGCAGGGGCCCCUUAGGUUCUGAAUGUCGGGAAAAUAAAAAGCACACAUUUGCUGCUCACUCCAAGGAGUCGUGCUUAACUUUCCCUCCCCUCCUCUCCAGCUGAGCAAUCACUUGUUUGAAGAGCUCGCCAUGGAUGUCUAUGACGAGGUGGACAGGCGGGAGACGGACGCAGGUGACCUUCUGUUGCGGGACUUUUGGGUGCUGGAGGGCAGUUGGGUGGGUGGGUGCCAUGCCGCAGCACAGGGGCCCUGCGUGAGGCCAGAAUGAGCCUCCUCAGCAAAAUGCUGCAUUGCAGCAAAGGGCUCCUGCCCCUGGAAGGUGCCAAGUCCUCUCUACUCUUCUUGCCCCGUUCUGCAAUCCCCCCCCCCCCGGGUAGCUCUGUGUCACAGGGAUGUGAUGGCCUGGGUUGUCAGCCUUGGCAGCUGCUGUGGGCCUUCCCCAGUCUGGGGUCCUGCAGGUGUUUGGGGAGUUGUAAUCCAAGGGCUGGACAAGGCUGAUUAUAGCCCACAACCCAAGCCUUGGUUUUUGCUUUAGAGUGAAAUUGUGUUUGACCCGGAAACUACAACUAAUCCAGAAUGCGACAGCUAGACUGGUGACUGGGAGCGGCCGCCAAGACCAUAUAACACCAGUCUUGAAAGACCUACACUGGCUUCCAGUACGUUUCCGAGCACAAUUCAAUGUGUUGGUGCUGACCUUUAAAGCCCUAAACGGCCUCGGCCCAGUAUACCUGAAGGAACGUCUCCACCUCCAUCGUUCUGCCCAGACACAGAGGUCCAGCGCCGAGGGCCUUCUGGUGGUUCCCUUGCUACGAGAAGCCAAGUUACAGGGAACCAGGCAGAGGGCCUUCUUGGUAGUGGCGCCCGCCCUGUGGAACGCCCUCCCACCAGAUGUCAAAGAGAAAAAUAACUACCAAACUUUUAGAAGACAUCUGAAGGCAGCCCUGUUUAGGGAAGCUUUUAAUGUUUAAUAGGUUAUUGUAUUUUAGUGUUUUGUUGGAAGCCACCCAGAGUGGCUGGGGAAACCCAGCCAGAUGGGUGGGGUAUAAAUAAUAAAUUAUUAUUAUUAUUAUUAUUAUUAUUAUUAUUAUUAUUAUUAUUAUUAUUGAAAUUUGUGUGUCUUAGUAUGGGGGAAAAGCUCAUGGGGGAAAAGCUCAUUUGCCCAGAGGGCUUCAUUUGGGACAAGGACUGGGCUCUAGGACAUGUGUCCAGUGCUUUGACUUCAGGUGUGGGAAGUUUUUGAGGGAGGGAGCACCCAUUGUCUGCCACCGAUUCCCAGCCAGUGCCCAAGCAUGGAGAGACUGUGGGCCUCCAGAUGUUGUUGGGCUUCAACUCUCAGCAAUCUGCAUGGCUGCCGGUCCGGGAUUAUGGGGCUGGAGGCCAGCAAUACCUGGAGAGCCACAACAAGUCCCUCCUUUUUUAUGUAGAAACCUAAGUAAAGCUAACCCUGGCUUUCCUCUCUCUGUCCCUUGAAAUAGUGUGGCUUGCCACUCAGAACCAUAGCACGCUGGUCACCGAGACGACGGUGGUCCCUUUUCUCCCCGUCAAUCCCGAGUACUCCUCAACAAGGAACCAGGUAUGUUUCUCAUGCCAUUUCUCUGUCAUCUGAGGAGGAAACUUAUUCCCAAGCCCUAAACACAGGGAGAGGAUUUUCCAUCUAUCUUUUUUGUUUGUUUGUUUGUUUGUUUGUUUUUUAAAAUAAUUUUUAUUAAAGUUUCAAUCGAAAAUUAAACAACAACAACAAAAAACAUAAAAAAGAUACACAAAUACACAGUACAAAUCUCAGAAAGAAAAUUAAAAAAAACACGAAGAGCAAGAAUCAACAGUAAAAAAAAAACAAAAAACAUAACAAUUAAAAACAAUAUCUCUUUUCCAUUUCCGUUUUGAAUUUACUUAUUUUCUGGACUUCCUCAUACCUCCCUCUUUUGUAUUCCAAUUCAAAUUGUUUGUCCAGCAAUUUCUUUUCCACUUUUUUAAUCCCAAUCUUUAAUUUUAAUAUAAUGUAUAACUUCAACUUCUUUAAACCUAAUCUUUGAUCUUAAUGUAAUAUAGCCUUGAAAUUUUACCUCUUAAUUACCAAAUUUCCAUUUCCUUAAACAUCUUUAAUCCUAAUCUUUAAUCUUAGUCUAUCAUCAACUUUAACCUGUACAACUGGAAACCACUUAUUUUCAGUCCAACAUCACUCUAACAUUCUUUAAUUUUGCAAUGUUUCUGAAGAUAAUCUUUGAAUUUCUUCCAAUCUUCCUCCACCAACUCUUCUCCCUGGUCACGGAUUCUGCCAGUCAUUUCCGCCAGUUCCAUAUAGUCCAUCAGUUUCAUCUGCCAUUCCUCCAGCGUGGGAAGUUCUUGUGUCUUCCGGAUUUUCCAUCUAUCAGAUUUCUACCUUUGCUGGACAAAUUCAGAAGUUGAUUGCUGGAAUGCACCGUAUGUGGAGGCUUUCUGGGAUCUGGUUUGGAAUCUCCUGCUGGUGCAGAAUGCAUUGGCAAACUGCUAAGCAGGGAGCUUCCGGUCAAGAACAUGGAGCACCAGGGUUAAAGCAGCUUCACUGGCAGCCCAUCUGCUUCCGAGCCAGGUUCAAGGAUCUUGCACUGAUUUGCAAAGCCCCACACAACUUUGGCCCAGGAAACCUCAGGGAUGGCCUGAACCCUUGUAUCCCAGCUUAGUCACUGAAAUCCUCUGCAGCAGCAGAUGUUGAUCCCGGAGUUGGUGAGGCUCAUUUGACAACAGUGAGAAAAUGAGCCUGAGGAACCCUCUGCCACUAGAGAUUCACCAGGUGCCUUCUGUGCCAACUUUUAAAUGCCUGCUGAAAAUUGUUCUGUUCUGCCAGGACUAUGCAGGCAGUUAACUAUACAUCCUUCCACAAUGGUUAACUGUUGUCUGGUUUGGGUUUUUUUGUAAAUAUUUUUUAUUCAUUUUCCAAUUAAAAACAUUCAUAUUAGUAACAAAUCAAACCAAAUCUUUCCACAUUCAAAAACAAAAAACAAUAUAGCCAAUUAUAUAAUCUAAAUUAAUUAAUUUCAAUGGGACUUCCCGUAUUCUGGAUUUCAAAAGCCAAAUAUCCAUCCUUUAUCUUUCAGCUAUCUUCUCUAUUACUUCACAGUUUUCCAAUCCUGAUAUUAACAAUCUCCUCUCUCCCUCAGUCAGUUGCUGGUAUAACUCACUAUCAUGUUUUAUUUGACCAUUUCUUAUUUCUGUUAUCACGCAGGGGGCUUUUUCCACAUUGUUCUUAGUUUUAAUAUUUUUAAGCACAGUCCACUUUGAUGGCCCCUUCCUUUUCUGCUGAUUGUUGUUCUAAUAGGCUCUGGGCUUCCAUCCAAGGUUGAAAUUAAUUAGCGACUUCUCACUGUCUUUGAUCUUUGAUGUUUCAAAUGUACUGUAGAGGUGUACUUGGCAAUCAGUAAGUCACACAAAGAUUGUUUCGGUUUCCUCAUAAAAACACACGCCAGCUCUCAGGGGCCCUUGGACAGCUGGCAGGCAUCCAGAGUUCACCGCCACUCUUUUCUCAAACUGUAAUGUUCCAUGCAAGCAAAUGUGUCCUCUGUAAAGUACACCCCUUUUGCAAUUCCAAUAAAAAAAAUCUCCAAUCUCCCCCCAUUGAAGGAGGUUUUUUCUGAUCAUAUCCUCCUUAGCCCAAGCUGUUCUGAUCAUAUCUGAUCCUGCUCUGCCAAUUUCGAUCAGGGCUCUUCGCCAAGGACUGUGAUGAGUCAAUAAGUCCAAUUAUUUUACUCCUCCUGCGUUUCCUUUGGGUAAUUAAUUAUUUCUUGGUGGGGUUCGCCAAAUCAUGAAAUAGUAAAUAUAACAAAUAUAAAAGUAUGGCAGCCGCUCACCUCAUUCAUCAAAACGACAAGAAAGGAGUCUUUUUGAAGUCCGAAACUUUACCUCCAACGACUGUGUAGUUUAGCAGAUUUUUCUUUUAACUCUUUCCAUCUAGAACAUGCCUGUUUUUUGCCAAAUCUUUUAAUUGUUAGGAAACAGGGACUCCCGGCUGAUGAGACUGACUUUGGAGAGUUGCCAAAUUCGUGCCUUGGACAUCACCCAGAGUCCCUGCCUCCGCAUCUUGUUGCGGAGCGCAGAUAACGGACUAUCUGCAGGUGGCACAGCUCCCCCCUUCCCUGGGGGGUGGCCAGGAUUAAUUACCCUCAUUUAACCCCGAAUUACUGACACGACUGGCUGUCCGAUCUCUUGGGAGGCCACCAUAUCUGUUUUUAACCUUUUAAAGGUUUUUCUUACAUGAUUUUAUUGCUGUAAGCCAUGUAUGUGCUGUGUGUGUGUACGUAUAUGUGUAUGUGUGUGUGUGCCCAUGCCCACACAUAUCUGUGAUACAGCUGUAUACAAAUAUCUGUAUGAAUAAAUAAACAAACUGUGCAUCUUGGUUCUGAAUACUGAACCUGUUGCUGAUACUAUCUUGGGAACAAGGAGAUGCCAAGAGCUCUGAGCUUUCCUUCUGCUGGAAAUGGAUUUUUCCAGAAAGCCUGGGAAGGCAUGAAUCUGUAAAGGAGGCGAAGGAUCUGCUUUCUGUUCCUGCUUCUCUGGCUGCUUUCUUCUAUUGCCUUGCAAGCUCCUCCAGCUCCUCUAAGACCUUGUCUUGCCUCUUGUCUUUCAGGGAAGGCAAAAGCUGGCUCGCUUUAAUGCCCAUGAAUUUGCAACACUUGUCAUAGACAUUCUUGGGGAUGCCAAGCGAAGGCAGCAAGGGAACCCUGUCCCAAGUUCCAGAGGUGAGUCCCUGUUCGGACGACUGGCUGACUUGAGUUUUCAGGACAGAUAAAGGGACGUCCUUCUUCAUGCAGCACAUAGUUAAACUAUGGGACUUGCUUCCACAGGAGGCAGUGAUGGCCUCCAGCUUGGAUGGCUUUUAAAAAGGGUUGGACAAACUCCUGGAGGAGAUAAGGGCUAUUGAUGGCUACUAACCCUAAUGCCUCUGCUCUGCCGCCACAGUCAGAAGCAGCAGUGCUUCUGAAUACCAGUUGAUGAAGCCACAGGAGGGAGGAGGGCUCUUGUGCUCAGAUACCACUUGUGGGUUUUCCGUAGGCAUCUGUUUGACCAAACAGGAUGCUGGACUAGAUGGGCCAUUGGCCUGAUUCAGCAGGUUCUGCUUGUGUGCUUAGGACCGUAGUGCAGGCAAAAGUACAAAGGGAUCCUGGUGAAGGCUUCAGCUGACUCCUUCCUGCUGCCUGUUUCCCUUUUGUUCUGGUUCAUGGAGCUGCAUUCUCUAGGCUGGUCAUUUUGAGGAAUGCCACAUUCUGCACACAUUCCCUAAACAUCAGGCAUUUGGUUGCUGCUUUUGCAGAAAAUGUAGAGCUGAUCCUGAAGUCUGUCAACAGCCAGCACAGUACAGAGUGUCAGGAUAAUGACCAGCCUGACUACGACAGCGUUGCCUCUGACGAAGAAGUGGAUCUGGAAACAAGCUCAGUCAAGGCACCCCGGCAGAAGGUGAGCCUGUGCAGAGAUAUCUAGAGGGCGGCAGCAUGUUGGAAGGGGCUGUGCAGAAAGGCUGCUCCUCACGAAGCGCUCGCCUCAGGCCCAUCACUGCUGCUAAAAGGUGAACAGUCCUUUGCAGAGUGAGCCUUGUCCCUGCUUAUUUGAGCAGCUGGGCCUCUAUCCCCAGCACUCUUGGUUCAUUUGAAAAGAGAUUUGUAAGGCUGCUUGGUUCCCCUUCCAGGUCUGGAAGGAGACUUACGGCCUCUCCUGACUUUAAAGGAGAGAGAGAGAGAUGGUACUUCAAAAUCCUUGAGGUGUUUGGGGACACCUGCCCUUGGACCAGCAUAAACCCUUUGAUGCUAAUUUUGAGAGCCUAUCUCACUUUUGACUUCUGAGUUGUAAACUUCUAGUUAUAUUGAUUCAUUUGUGAAUUGCCUUUGGAGUUGUUUGUUUUAUGUUUGUUUCUGAUGUGCAGUAUAUAAGUGGCACUGAAUUCUGUAUCAUGCCAUAGUAUUCUCAGAGGCUUCAUUGUUUAUUAUUUAACAUGUCCCUUUUGACUUUGGUCCUCAAAGUGAGAGGAAACAGCUGUGUCUAAAUGAGCAACACAUCAUUGUGUGUUGCGUUUUGCAGAGCCUAGAUUCAGACUUGUCGGAUGGACCCAUCACAACCCAGGAAUAUCUGCAGGUUAAAAACGCCCUGGUGGCUUCGGAGAUGAAAAUCCAGCAGUUAAUGAAGGUGAACGUCAACUUGAGCGAUGAGCUGAGGAUCAUGCAGAAGAAGGUAGCAUGAGAGUGAACGAGAGAGGGUUUAGUUUAGUGCACCUUGAGUAAAAACCCCACAUGCAUGAAAAGGGCAGAAUGUUGAAAGCUCAAAAAAAAGGACUGCAGAGCCUUCUGCAACCUGAGACCCUCCCGCUGGCUGUUGGGUUCCAAUCCCAUCAUCCCUAACCACUCUGGUCAGUGGCCAGGGAUCAUGGGAGUUGGAGUCCUGCAGGGUAGCAGGUUGGGGAAGCAUGGCCUAGCAUCCACUUCCUGAUGGAUGGUGAUCAACCGUACUCAGCCGGGGCUCAAAGGGAGGGCAGCCACUUGGUGUCCAAUCCUGCACGAAGUUGUCCCUCACUGUUCACUGUGAAAGAAAAGGAAAUGGAAGCCUUCUGUUCCUGUUAAUUCCUCUUGGGAUUGCUCAGGCUUGGACCCCCAUAGAUCAAAUAUUCAUCACUUGCAUCCCUAGACCACAGCCCUGGUCACCUUAAUUCAUAGUUUUCCCCUCCCCCCACCUGCUGAUCUCAGUCACCCCAUUAAGGAAAGGCAUGACUGCAAAUGGUUUACGGUGGGUCUGUACAGCCAUUUAUGGAUUCUCCCGUGUGGUGAGAUUUUAAAUCCAUGAAUUUCUUAAGUGGUCAAGGGCAAUGCUUUGUCUAUGCUGUGUCAAUAAAGUGAAAGAGUUUGCCUUUAUUUUAUAUUUUUCUGUGCUGUCUUCUCCAUAGCAUGAAAAAGGAGAAUGAUAAACAAAAUUAUCCUGUUCUUUCUUUGAGAAGCUCAGGAUGGGAUACACUGUGUGGGCCUCUUGUCUUCACUGCAGCCCUGUGGGGUAGGCUAAGCCAAGGGAGACCGAGGAGUCCAAAGCCCUCCCAGUGAGCUUCAUGGCAAAUCAGGGAUGUAAGCCCCGGUCUCCCUCAUCAUAGUCCAGUGCUCAAACCACAGCACUACCUGUUCUCAGCUCACAGUUUCCACCAUGGCCGUGAUCUACUGUGUGAGAGCAAACCCAGUGAUCAUAGCAAAAUGUUUUGCAAAAUAUGAGCAAUGGGGAUCAUAGAAUCCUAGAAUUGUAGAGUUGGAAGGGACCACAGGAGUCAUCUAGUCCAACCUCUGACAAUGCAGGAAUCUUUUCUCAACUUGGGGCUUGAACCCACGAACCUGAGAUGAUGAGUCUCGUGCUCCACCAACUGAGCCCUUUCAGUUCUCAGUUCAAUGUCACUAGAUUUGUGAGCCUUGCUAAAAUUAUAAUGGGCUUCUGGGAAUGUGUGUAGGACUUUGAGUGCAAACUGUAGCUCCCCCCACCUACUUCUUCAUCUCCCCCAAAGAUUUUCAGCAAGGAGGAGCAGCUGACCACAAAGCCCCUCUUGGCCGUGUUUUGUGUUUUAGAUGGGUGGCCAGGGCUACUGCAGGCAGUGGGGAGGUGGUUUGAGAAAUAUGUUGCAGCUUAGAGUAAGAAGGAAGAGGAGGGGCUGAGGAAGGGUAUUCACAGGCCUUCAGGGGUGGGAGAGAGAACUAACUUCCAAAGGCAGCGAAAGGGUUUUUUCUUUCUCUUUUCAAGAUCUCUCUGACCCAAUACUGCAAUUGCAUGGCUUAGCCUCUCAGUGCUAUGUAAAGUUCCUCCCCCUCCCCUUUAUGAUGGAUGUAGCAAUUCAUGAGCCGCCAGGGGGUGUGGGCAACUUCCUCCUUUUAUAUCUAUUUGCGGGGGAGGGGGGAGCAGGAGCGCCAGCUGCUUUAAACUGCGCAGAAAACUGCAGAAGGUCCACCAGAUGUUUUAUGGCUCUUCCUCCUGAUUAAUUGUGCCCUUAGCUGACUUGAGGACAUUGUUGGGAAUCUCUUGUGAUGGGGCUCCUGUUCUGAUCCCCCUUGUUGUGUUUCCAUUCCAGUGGCCUUGUCCCUCUCUCUUGUGCAAAUAGUCUCGUUUCGUCUUCCACUUCCUGCGGUGACAUUGCCAUUUCCCCAGUUCCCUCUUUUCUCUGAUUUGACUGUUGGGCGCUUGGCCUGAGUCAGCCACUUUUAAAGAAUGUUGCUAAAGCUGCUGUCUGUGUUGCUCAGAAACUUGGCCUAGCUUGGGUUCACGUUGCUAGAUGUUGGAGCUCCUCUUGACACACACAACACCACCUGAAAUUUUGGGGCUCCCAAAGCUUUGAGAAUGUAACUGAUUUGGCAGACGUUUCCUAUAAAAGGAAAAGACUGCCUUUAAAAACAGAAAGACAAGCAAAACCUGGCUAGCUGGUAACAGUUUUCAAGCAUGAGGAUGCACCGACUGUGCUGCCCCCCUCCCCCAAUUCUUGCUUUGCUGUGCUGUGGGGACAUCCAAGCCCCCACUCUGAAAUGUUUUAUUCCAGCUUCAGAUGCUACAGAGUGAGAACACGAGUCUCCGGCGGCAGGCCACAACAAACGCCUCCCUGACUCCUGCUGGCUCUGAGUACCCAGACGCCGGCAGCCACUCUUCCUUGAUCUGGCGGCCCUCUGUGCGCAGCAGCCGGCCCAUGUCCAUGUACGAGACAGGAUCAGCCCAGAAGCCCUACUUGCCAUUGGCCGAGGUCUCCUACCCAGAGGAGCACAUCACGUCGCGGCUGCAGCCGUUCCCUCCCCACGUAAGUAAGACCACCAACCUGCUGCCUCUUUGGGGGGGCUGCUUGGGCUUGCCUCACUCAGCCUGCCCCCAAUCUGGGCUCUCCAGAUGUUGGGCAAGGCUGGCCAUGUCCCUGGGAGAAGUGCCUCUCUCUGUGGACAGAGCAUCUCUGCCUAGCUGUCUGGGGCUGUAGCAUUUCUGCUGUGCAGACUGGAGCUUUGGCCUUCCGCUUGCCCUCUUCAUUUCACCUUUCGCCAACCUGGUGCCCGUCAUAUGAGGACGGACUGCUGUUGCUCAGUGGGGAGAGAAAGCUGCUCUGUGCAUGCUCAAGAAACCUUAAGCAUACACUACGACUGCUUGUCAGUUUCUCUGAUGAAGAGGGGCAAUCAAAUAUGAAAGAGGGGUGGUGGUCACUUAGCACCUUGAAAGAUGUGGGACCCCAGGAGGGGGGCAGGGGGAUCCGCAGGGGGCUUCUUCCCAUGGGCUCCUCCAUUACUUCAAAGCCAGAGUUUGCUCACACCAACGUCCAAGCACCCUGAGCUCCUUGCAGUGGUGUGUCUUUGUCUUUCCUCACUCAGUUCUUUUGCACCUUUGACUUGCUGAUGCUGAUGCUUGCCUCUUUGUGUCUUGCUGGAUUUCAGAGAUGUUGCUCUUGCACCCAUUACCCACUCUUGGGACAUUCUAUUGUGGGUUUAUUGAUCUAAAUCAAAUCCCUUAUGAAUACACAGUUGAAGUGAGGAACAGGUUUAAGGAUUUAGAUUGGCUGGACAGAGUGCCUGAAGAACUAUGGAUGGAGGCUCGCAACAUUAUACAGGAGGCAGCUGGAUGAUAUUCCAGCUGAACUAUUUAAAAUUUUAAAAGAUGGUGCUGUUAAGGUGCUACACUCAAUAUGCCAGCAAAUUUGGAAAACUCAGCAGUGGCCAGAGGAUUGGAGAAGAUCAGUCUACAUCCCAAUCCCAAAGAAGGGCAGUGUCAAAGAAUGCUUCAAUACCGUACAAUUGCACUCAUUUCACACGCUAGCAAGGUUAUGCUUAAAAUUCUACAAGGCAGGCUCAAGCAGUAUGUGGACCGAGAACUCCCAGAAGUGCAAGCUGGAUUUCGAAGGGGCAGAGGAACCAGAGGCCAAAUUGCAAACGUGCUGGAUUAUGGAGAAAGCUAGAGAGUUCCAGAAAGACAUCUACUUCUGCUUCAUUGACGAUGCAAAAGCCUUUGACUGUGUCAACCACAGCAAACUAUGGCAAGUUCUUAAAGAAAUGGGAGUGCCUGAUUACCUCAUCUGUCUCCUGAGAAAUCUCUAUGUGGGACAAGAAGCUACAGUUAGAACUGGAUAUGGAACAACUGAUGGGUUCAAAAUUGGGAAAGGAGUACGACAAGGCUGUAUAUUGUCUCCCUGCUUAUUUAACUUAUAUGCAGAAUUCAUCAUGCGAAAGGCUGGGCUAGAUGAAUCCCUAGCCGGAAUUAAGAUUGCCGGAAGAAACAUCAACAACCUCAGAUAUGCAGAUGACACAACCUUGAUGGCAGAAAGUGAGGAGGAAUUAAAUAACCUUUUAUUGAGGGUGAAAGAGGAGAGCGCAAAAUAUGGUCUGAAGCUCAACAUCAAAAAAACAAAGAUCAUAGCCACUGGUCCCCACACCUCCUGGCAAAUAGAAGGGAAAGAAAUGGAGGCAAUGAGAGAUUUUACUUUCUUGUGCUCCAUGAUCACUGCAGAUGGUGACAGCAGUCACGAAAUUAAAAGACGCCUGCUUCUUGGGAGAAAGGUGAUGACAAACCUAGACAGCAUCUUAAAAAGCAUAAAGCCAUGGUUUUCCCAGUAGUGAUGUAUGGAAGUGAGAGCUGGACCAUAAAGAAGGCUGAUCGCUGAAGAAUUGAUGCUUUUGAAUUCUGGUGCUGGAGGAGACUCUUGAGAGUCCCAUGGACUGCAAGAAGAUCAAACCUAUCCAUUCGGAAGGAAAUCAGCCCUGAGUGCUCACUGGAAGGACAGAUCCUGAAGCUGAGGCUCCAGUACUUUGGCCUCCUCAUGAGAAGAGAAGACUCCCUGGAAAAGACCCUGAUGUUGGGGGAAAUGGAGGGCACAAGGAGAAGGGGAUGACGGAGGAUGAGAUGGUUGGACAGUGUUCUCGAAGCUACCAGCAUGAGUCUGACCAAACUGCGGGAGGCAGUGGAAGACAGGAGUGCCUGGCGUGCUCUGGUCCAUGGGGUCACGAAGAGUCCGACACGACUAAACGACUAAACAACAACAUUGUGGGUUCUUUCUUUUUUAUAAGAACCUGCUUUUAUACUGUGCACAUGUGCCUGCGCGCGCAUGUGUGUAUCUUUCUCUCCCUUAUUUUUAGGCAGGGAGGAACGGGCUGGUGACCGGCUAUUCUUCCUCCAUGCCUUUUUUCUCCAUUCUCUCCUGGUUGGGAUACAGAAACACACAAAGGGUUGUGUACAGUACCUCUUCCCUGGAAAAGCCCCCACUUCUGCUAGCAGAGCUGUUCCUUCUCCUUCUUCUGCAGGAGGGUCACUUCUUAUCCACCCCUCCAACUCUACCAUGCCUGAGCUUCUGGCCCUGUGGAUCCACCAUGCCUGUGCCUCCCCUCCUUAUUUCUAUCUCAGCUGCUUGAACUGCGAAGCUGCCUGGCAGAUCAAGCUGGAGUGCUGGCUGAGACUGAGAGGUGGCCACAGCCGCCUGAGAAGGUUUAAUUGUUCUGCGUUGGGGGAGGGGCUGCUGUGCCAGCUGGACCAGAAAUUGGGGGAGGCUGUAAUGCUUGCAAGGCAGUCCCCAGAAUCUCUUGCUCAAUCUGCUGGUGGUUUUGCUGGCCACCUGGGCAAAGAAGCCCUGGAGCCGAGAGGGAGAAGGGCAGCUGGGCAGGGGCCUGUGGUGACAGCUGGGAGGGGGGCGCAGCUGAGAAGGCCAUAGUCACAGCAAGGGAUAAAGCUCUUGGGGUGUGUCGGGGGCUGUUCCAGCUUAAGGAGCAACAUAGUAAAGCCAGGGGAAGGGGAGUCCAGAAGAGGAGCCAAGCAGGAUGGGGGGGGGCAGACCACAGAUGGAUUUGCACAGGAUGCAGUCGACAAGAAUCACAAGAUCAUCAAGUAGGAAGGGACCCUGAGGGUCACCUAGUCCAACCCCCUGCAAUGUAGAAAUCACAACUAAAGCAUCCAAGACAGAUGGCCAUCCACCUCUGUUUAGGGUGUGAGCAGAGAUACGGCAAGUUUUAAGAGUGGGGACUCCUGGCUUCCAGGAGACGUGCCCCUUCAGUGAUAUCAGAGCAGCUCAGCCAAUGGCAGCCAGAGAAUUACCUGUCAUUAAAGUGGCACCGCAGGAUCAGAGUUUAGCUUGUGCCACCAAGAGGGAUGAAGCAAGAAGGAAAAGGAAAAGGGGGGAGGCAGUUGGAGGGCGGAGAAGGCAAUGGGGGAGAUCCGUCCUCUUCUUAGGGGUUCUUUCUCCUGGUGAUGCAGAACCACGGAAAAGCAAGAUGACAAAAGUGUGCUUUUGAUACCAUCUGUGCAAGGAGAUGCCUGUUCUUUAUAUUUCUGUCCUUUAGCCUUCCAGAAUUUAAUUUCUGGAUCUGAUAUUCUGUUUAUUCUGGUCUCCCUGGAUUUUGCUCUGCUCUUAAAUUGCCCUCAAAGUGUUCUGUAGGUAUUGGAGAAACGGGUGUUGGGUCUUCCCAUCCACCCACAUGUAAACCCCUCCCUUAAUGAGCUGAUACCCAGAUCACUUUUACUCCAUGGUGUGCUGUCCACUUCAUAGGUAAUUAGUUCAGAAAUCCUUCAGGCAGAGGGCAAAACAGGGAAGAGGGUAAUUGCAGCUUUGUAGGGGUGGAGCUCCCCAAACAAGAAAUUUCCCAGCACUUUAAAGCAUCAGCAGUGGCCAAAAUCCAGCAGGGUUGGCACCUCCCUGCCUCUUGUGGGAGAUUAACCAAAAUGUUUAUUCGGCUUUACGCCCAUCAUAUCUUGUGGGAGAGAGUUCCAUAGUUUUAACUGUGCAGGGUACAAAGAAGGACUUUCUUUUGUCUGUCCAUUGGCUGACCCCAGUGCAUUCAAGUCGGAGGGUGAAUGUAUCACUUUGUCCAUGCUGUAUAUGGAAGCCCAGAGGGCUGGCAUAGCCUUAUGCUGAGAAACGCUGGUGUUUUUGGAAUGAGGGCAGUGGUUAUCCUCUCCAGUUAAAAGGUUUGGACAGCAGUAGCCGUGGGGGCAACAGACCCUCUGCUUGAGAGCAGUGAGAGUAAGUAGCCCUGGGUUAGGCAGAGCAAAGGUCUGGCUAUAAGAGCAUCUUGUCUGGCUGUAUCUAUGAAUCUGGUGGCACUCAUCUUGCUUCCUGCCCUUUCUCUUCCAGGCAUCCAAACUGGAAAAGCAGAGCAGCCUGCCUGAAGGGGAUUAUGACAAUGCCGUUCCUGCGCUGGAGCCCGACGAGACAGGGUAGGCAUCAGGAGAGCAUGGGCUGUGUAUGAGUAUUACUGUUGAUUAGUAUUUAUUACCCACACUUCACCGUAAGGGCCCAGAGCAGGUUGCAGCAUUAAAACACCAUAUGAAAAGUAAAUUUAAGCAACUUACAAGCAUAAAAGUAAGGUGGCUCUACAAACUUUGUCUCAGGUGACAAAGGCCAGGGUCAAGAGGAGCCUUUUCAGCCUUUUUCAGGCUCCAGGUGCCUCUGUGAGGGGGGAGGUCCCUAGGUCAGAACCCAAGAAGGUCUUUCCUGUGUUUGAGGUGUAUAUGUGGGUUGGAGCUUUGGACACCCAAUGUGCUCACCUUGAAUUGGGCCAGGUAAGGAGCUGGCAGCCAGUGUGGCUGUUUUGAAACAGGGCUUAUAUGAAAUCUAAAUGGGUGGGAAACCCAUGAAGACUUCCAGAGGUUUCUGGACUCCAGCCUCCCGUCAUCCCUGAGCAUUGCCCAUGCUGGCUGCAGGGGCUGCUGGGAGUUGGAGUCCUGCGACCUCUGGAGGGUCCCCCACAAGCAGCGUUGUCCCUGUCCUCCUGGUUUGUAGCUGGGCUCACACACAGCCUCCUCUGCCAGCUGGAGGCCCUCCACCUCUUGCAGGACUCCAACUCCCAGCAGCCAGGGAUUGUGGGAUCUGAAGUCCAGCAGCGGCCAAAAGUCCACAGAUAACACAGGGUCCCUUCAGUUCCUUUCAAAGUGCAACAUGGCAACCCUCAAGACUGGGCAGGAAGUUUUGCUCAUGCCUCAGUAUGACUGAGGCUGCAUUUUCACAAGGCUGCAUUUUCACAAGGCCAGGCUGCAUUUUCACAAGCGAGUGAAGAAAAGCCCCCCCCCCCGCCUCCCCGGUUCUCUCCCCAAAUGGCCCUGGGUAAAGCUGUAGGCAGUGAGCCAGAGCCUCCAGGAAGCAGAUCUUUUCUAGGCUUUGUUCAUGACUGCCUAUAAGUGGAGGAUGAAUCUUGGGGUGAAGGAGGUUGCCUGUUCUUUACCUGACAGCCAAGGCCAGCUGGCUAGGGACUUGGGGUGGAGAGCAAAGAGCACCAUUGGCAGCCUUGCAGAUGUCCCCCCGCCCCCAGUUUCUUUAGUGGCUUGUUUCAUAUCAGUCUUCAAAGGGAGAGGAAAACAGUUGUCCUCUGGAAAUUCUCUCUUGGCCACUUGGCAGAGAUUCUGAUUUGCCAGAGACAGUCAGGCAAGUGGCCCUCUGAAACGCUUGUGUGUGUGUGUGUGUUGGCAGAAUCAGCAGGAAGGCCAGGCAGCGAAGCACCUUCCGACAGGGAGAAGGGCCCACAUCCGAGGCCAAGGACCCAGAUGCCAGCCCCAGCCUCCCCAGCACAGAGGACGUAAUUCGGAAAACAGAGCAGAUCACCAAGAACAUCCAGGAGCUUCUGCGGUCAGCUCAGGAGAACAAACACGACAGGUGAGGAGGCCAGGAAGUCAGAGCAGAGGUCCCUGGAAGAAGCACUUGAGUAUCCUGGUCUGCGUUGAGCAAAAGUGCUCUUCCCCCAUCAGGAGGGAUCCUGGAAUCAAUUAGAUGAGGCAGCAUGCAGAGCGAUGAUGAUGCGUGUGUGUCUUGCAAGUGUGGGUUGACGUCCUUCUUUCUUUAAAGAAAGAGAGGCCCAAAUUCUUGUACACCUGGCUGGCUUUGCUACCUUUUCCAUCCAAGGCAACUGGCAGCUUUUAUUUUCAUCCUUCUGGACCUUCUAACAGGCCAGGAUCUGGUGCUUAAAAUCAUACCUUCCUCCUCUUUAGCUGGGAAAGGGUGUGUCUACAAGAGGAGUCCUGAACUACACAAGUAUCUGAUGGUGUCCUGGAUUUUCCCACGCCCCUUCCUGCUCGCCCCAUUCGGGGUUGGAGGGGUGUCAAGAGGCAGAAGUGACCCUGGGAGCUUGGGAGGGGGGAAGCUUGAGUCACAUGUGUGUCCUCUUGAGCAAAAGUGUAGGUUAUGACAGCUUUAUGCGCUCCUUGGUUCUGCAAGCGCUCCGUUGGGCUGUGAGGCGCUCCUGUGCUGAAAAACCUCUCUCUCUCCUCUCUCUGGUUUUCCUCCUUGGGGUGCCCAGGCCAUUCAGGCACAGCAGCGCCCCCAAGCUUAGGCACAGCCUGGGCUGUUUCAGUCCCCUGGUUCCAUGGGCCGAGCGAGCGUCUCUGCAGCCUCUGACCCUCCGGCAGCCUGACCCUCCCACCACCUGGUAUUCUGGCCUCUGUCCCUGCCUCCCAGGCACAGUGUCCUUUUUCUUUCUUUGGGACCCUCCCCUCCCCUCCCCUCCCAAGCAUGGGGUCUUUAGCGGUUAUGCAAGAAAGGCAGCAGAACACCCUGGCCCAGCCUGCUCAGCACCAUUUGGGAGAGGAGCUGGGGUUCAGUGGGAGUGCAGUUUGGGGCCAGCAAGCGGGGGGAGGGUUCUUCAUCCAGCCUGGCAUUUUUUGUCUGCUCCGUCCCUGGUACCCUAAUGUGCAGCAGUGAAAGGGGAAACCUUCUUUGACCAUCCACAGGGGUGUCACCUGCUCAGCUGGCACCCUGUGUUUCAUCACAGGUUGUACUUGCCUCGUGGGACUUUCUGAGCUCACUUGAGGGCAGAAAACAGAAGCGCAGGCAGCUGAUGUCUGAAAGAGAGACCUAAAUCCAGAUGAAGAAUCCUGUACCUCUGAGAAGCCCUACAAGAGCUAAAGGAAAAGGUUGAGGCCCUGGCAUUUGGUGAUGGGACACCCCCUCCUCAACCAUAGAGAAAGAUGGCCUGGGAACAGGAUGAGUGCUAAGAGGCAGGGAGUGGGAGGGUGCAAGGGAGCGGCUUCAUCUUUGAGCUUUAGGAAGGUCCUGGCUGCUCUUGGAGCACAGCAGGAGCUCUUCUUACCCUAGGUGGGCUUGCUGAAAUGGGCUUUUCAUUUUCUUGUUCAGGUGAGGGACGUGUGUCCCUCCCACACACACACAGUUGAACUCCAACUCCCAGCAUAGAAUCAUAGAAUCAUAGAGUUGGAAGAGACCACAAGGGCCAUCGAGUCCAACCCCCUGCCAAGCAGGAAACACCAUCAGAGCACUCCUGACAUAUGGUUGUCAAGCCUCUGCUUAAAGACCUCCAAAGAAGGAGACUCCACCACACUCCUUGGCAGCAAAUUCCACUGUCGAACAGCUCUUUCUGUCAGGAAGUUCUUCCUAAUGUUUAGGUGGAAUCUUCUUUCUUGUAGUUUGGAUCCAUUGCUCCAUGUCCGCUUCUCUGGAGCAGCAGAAAACAACCUUUCUCCCUCCUCUAUGUGACAUCCUUUUAUAUAUUUGAACAUGGCUAUCAUAUCACCCCUUAACCUCCUCUUCUCCAGGCUAAACAUGCCCAGCUCCCUUAGCCGUUCCUCAUAAGGCAUCGUUUCCAGGCCUUUGACCAUUUUGGUUGCCCUCCUCUGGACACGUUCCAGUUUGUCAGUGUCCUUCUUGAACUGUGGUGCCCAGAACUGGACACAGUACUCCAGGUGAGGUCUGACCAGAGCAGAAUACAGUGGCACUAUUACUUCCCUUGAUCUAGAUGCUAUACUCCUAUUGAUGAGGCCCAGAAUUGCAUUGGCUUUUUUAGCUGCCGCGUCACACUGUUGGCUCAUGUCAAGUUUGUGGUCAACCAAGACUCCUAGAUCCUUUUCACAUGUACUGCUCUCAAGCCAGGUGUCACCCAUCUUGUAUUUGUGCCUCUCAUUUUUUUGCCCAAGUGCAAUACUUUACAUUUCUCCCUGUUAAAAUUCAUCUUGUUUGUUUUGGCCCAGUUCUCUAAUCUGUCAAGGUCGUUUUGAAGUGUGAUCCUGUCCUCUGGGGUGUUAGCCACCCUCCCAGUUUGGUGUCAUCUGCAAAUUUGAUCAGGAUGCCCUUGAGUCCAUCAUCCAAGUCGUUGAUAAAGAUGUUGAAUAAGACCGGGCCCAAGACAGAACCCUGUGGCACCCCACUAGUCACUCUUCUCCAGGAUGAAGAGGAACCAUUGAUGAGCACCCUUUGGGUUCGGUCAGUCAGCCAGUUACAAAUCCACUGAGUGGUAGCAUAGUCAAGACCACAUUUUACCAGCUUCUUUACAAGAAUAUCAUAGGGCACCUUGUCAAAUGCCUUGCUGAAAUCAAGGCAUUUGGCUACAUCCACUGCGUUCCCUUCAUCUACCAGGCUUGUAAUUCUGUCAAAAAACGAGAUCAGUUAGUCUGACAUGACUUAUUUUUCAGAAAUCCAUGCUGACUAUUGGUGAUCACAGCAUUCCUUUCUAGGUGCUCACAGACUGUUUGCUUAAUGAUCUGCUCCAGAAUCUUCCCUGGUAUUGAUGUCAGACUGACUGGGCGGUAAUUAUUUGGGUCCCCUCUUUUCCCCUUUUUGAAAAUAGAGACAACAUUUGCCCUCCUCCAGUCUGCCGGGACUUCGCCUGUUCUCCAGGAAUUCUCAAAGAUGACUGCCAGUGGUUCUGAGAUCACAUCUGCCAGUUCUUUUAAUACUCUUGGAUGCAGUUCAUCUGGCCCUGGAGACUUGAAUACAUCUAGACUAGCCAAGUAUUCUUGUACUAUCUCCUUAGUUAUUCUGGGCUGUGUUUCCUCUGCUGAAUCAUUUGCUUCAAAUUCUUCAGGUCGGGCAUUGUUUUCUUUAUCGGAGAAGACUGAGGCAAAGAAGGCAUUGAGGAGUUCAGCCCUUGCUGUGUCCCCUGUUUGCAUUUCACCAUCUUCUCCUCUGAGUGACCCCACUGUUUCUUUGUUCUUCCUUUUGCUACGAACAUACCCAUAAAAGCCUUUUUUGUUGCUUUUAACCUCUCUAGCAAGCCUGAGUUCAUUCUGCGCUUUAGCUUUUCUGACUUUGUGUCUACACGUGCUGGCUAUUUGUUUGAAUUCCUCUUUGGUGGUUUCCCCCCUUUCCAUUUUUGUACACAUCCUUUUUAAUCUUAACUCAGUUAAAAGUUCUUUAGAUAGCCACCCUGGCUUCUUUAGGUACCUUCCAUGUUUCCGUCUCAUUGGUAUUGCCUGAAGUUGUGCUUUUACUAUCUCCCUCUUAACAAACUCCCAGCCAUCAUGAACUCCCUUUCCUUUUAGUAUUACUGUCCAUGGGAUCUCACCCAGCACUUCCCUAAGUUUUAUGAAGUCGGCUUUCUUAAAGUCAAGAAAUUGAGUCCUAGUAUGCUUGGCUGCUCCUUUCUGCUGUAUAGUAAACUUCAGAAGAGCAUGAUCACUCGCGCUUAAUGAUCCUUCCACUUCUACCCCACUAACCAGGUCAUCAACAUUGGUUAGGACCAGAUCUAAAAUGGCUGUUCCUCUUGUUGCUUCUCCCACUUUCUGGACAAUGAAGUUGUCUGCAAGGCCAGGGAGGAAUCUGUUUGACCUUAUGCUCUUGGCUGAGUUUGACAUCCAACAAAUAUCCGGGUAAUUGAAGUCCCCCAUUACUACUAUCUCCCUUUAUUUUUGCAUGCUUGGCCAUCUGUUCCAGGAAAGCAUCAUCUAUGUCCUCCGUUUGGCUUGGGGAUCUAUAGUAAACUCCCACAAUGAGGUCACUGUUAUUCUUCUCUCCCUUAAUUUUGACCCAAAUGCUCUCACUUUGGCUUUGAGGUUCUAAAUCUUGGAUCUCUUCACAGGUAUACACAUCCCUGACAUAUAACGCCACUCCUCCUCCUUUCUUGUCUGGUCUGUUUCUCUGAAAUAGAUUGUAUCCCUCCAUUAUUACAUUCCAAUCGUGGGACUUAUCCCACCAGGUUUCAGUGAUGCCUAUUAUGUCAUUUAGUUUGCUGUACCAAGAGCUCAAGCUCAUCUUGUUUAUUUCCCAUGCUUUGCGCAUUAGUGUACAGACAUUGAAGUCCAUUAAUCAUUCCCCCGUGUCUCUUAUUUAAGGAUUUUUCCUCCCACCACUAGGUCUGCGUGCCGUUUGCUCCAUUUGGUCUAUGACAUUUGGAUGAUCAUCUUCAUCAAUUGAUAGACUCCUACCUUCAGGAGCACCGUCUCCCUCCCCCACAUUAGUCAGUUUAAAGCCCUCCUGAUGAGGUUUCUGAGAUUUUUGGCAAAAACAUUUCUCCCAACCGUUGUGAGGUGCAGCCCAUCGCUUGCCCCAAGUCCAUCUUCAAGAAACUGCAGUCCAUGAUCUAAGAAUCCAAACCGUUCCUGUUUACACCAUUUGCGAAGCCAGCUGUUCACUUCCACUAUUUUUCCCUCUCCCCCUGGGCCACGUCGUUCAACUGGGAGGACAGAUGAGAUGACAAUUUGUGCAUUUAAUUGCUUCAAUUUCCUGCCCAGAGCCUUGUAGUCUCUUUUGAUCUUCUGGAGGCUAUUGCUUGCAGUGUCAUUGGUUCCCACAUGAACCAAGAGGAAGGGGUAUUUGUCAGUGGGUUUUAUGAUUCCUUGCAGUCGUUCAGUUACAUCUUGGAUCUUAGCCCCGGGGAGACAGCACACUUCCCAAGACAUCUUGUCAGGCCCACAGAUCACUGCUUCUGUUCCCCUCAGUAGGUCAGGGAUGAUGGGACCUAUAGUCCAGUGGCAUCUAGAGGGCUGCAGCCCUCUUGUACAUGUUAAACUGGAACUCACUGCCACAGGAGGCAGGGAUGGCCACUGGCCUGGAUGGCUUUAAAAGGGCAUUGGACAAAUACAGGGAGGAGAAUAAGGCUCUUAGCCGUGAUGACUCUGCUCCCUGGGUCCCAUCACCAUCCUCCUGGGGUCUGGCGGCAACUGUUUGGGCUCCACAUCUGUCUCCACCUCUGGUGGGCUUUAGAUGAGACCUUCCUUGCCUCAAGCAACUUUCCUGCAUAAUCGUCCAUGACUGACCCAGCUCCCCAUCUCACCUGCCUGCCUGCCUGCCUGUCUCUCUGUGGCUUGAGUUUGGGGAGGAGCAUGGAGGUUGGGCAUGCAGCUGGUAGCAAGGAGGUUUGUGUGUGUGUGUGUUGACUGGGGGACUAAUGCACACAUGGCUGGGCCACAACCCCUGGCUAACAGUUCUGCGCGCACCAGUUGGAUUUCGUGGACUGUGUGGGUCUUGGCACUUCAGGCACACAGGCUCCAGUCCCUGCUUGCCUGUAACUCCAUCACGUCACUUUUUGGGGAGCAAUUUUGGACACUAUGGCAAGCAUUUUGCCCCCCCUCCCCGCUGCCACCACUGCUGCCGUCACGGAGGAGAAGACUGUUGAUGCCUCCUCUCCACGAUGGCUCUGCUCUGCCUCUACGGUUGGGGGAAGCAGUGCUUCUGAAACCCAAUUGCUGGAAACUGCAGGAGGGGAGAGGGCUCUGGGGCUUGGAUCCAGCUUCUGGGUUUCCAACAGGCAUCUCGUUGGCCCCUGUAAGUACAGAAAACUGGACUCGGUGGGCCCGUGGCUUGAUCCAGCAGCCUCUUCUUAAGCUCUUAGGACCAUUGCUCUCUGAAAGGGACAGUUUGCACCUCCUCUGCUCUCUCCCAGCACAAUGAGACUCUUUUCUAUGAGACAACUUAAAGCUUUUCUUCUGGCUACUAUUUUUAUUUUAAAGUCUCCACGUCAAGCAUUUGGACUUCCCAUUUGUACUUCUUGUGUUGCCACUUGCCAAGGUGCAUGAGGUGGGACUGGAUGUGUGGACACCCUUGUUUUUAAUGGCUUUGCCUUUGCAGCAACUAAUGUCACCUUUUGUGGCCCUGGGGGUGGGGGAACUUGCUUCCCUUAGAAUGACCUGCCCCCUCUCUCCCCUUGCAGCUACAUCCCCUGCUCAGAAAGGAUCCACGUGGCAGUGACGGAGAUGGCUGCCCUCUUUCCAAAAGUGAGUAGCCCUGCAGAGGUCAGAGGGGGACUCUGAAUGCGGCAGGGACUCCCUUGUGGUGGCCAGCCUGUGGAAAGGACCAGAGGACUUAUUUCAUUUCACCUUUAUCUCCAAGGAGCUCAAGGGAGCCUACAUGGUUCUUCCCACUCCUCAUUUAAUCCCCACAACAGCUGUGUGAGGUAGGUUAGGCUGAGAGAGGCAGUGACUAGACCAAGGUCACACCCAGUGAGCUUCCUGCCCAAGUGGGGAUUUGAACCCUGGCCUCUCUGAGGUCUUAGCCCGGCACUCUAACCAGGACACCCCGCUGGCUCUCUUGGGAGAACUCUUACCAGCCACAGGAAGUGGUCUUAGGCCAGACACACCAGGGGUCCCUCUAGCUCAGUACUGGCUGUCUCCAUGGAUGGGUGGCAGAUCUGUAGGGUUUUAGACAAAGGGUCUGCAUGCAGAGUGGGCUCCUUUGCCAGCCGUGAAGCUCUCUAUUCCCAUCCCGUCCUUAUUAGUUUCUUUAAAUGCAAUAUUUCAUUGUGAGUUUUGUAAAUAAUAAAAUAUAUUAUAGUUAUGUAAAUCAUCUUAAUGUCCAGAGACUGGUAACAUCUAACCAGAUCUAAAGAGAAAGGGAAUUCUGACACAAUCAUAUUGUAUACAGAGAUGUAAAACCUUAUGCCAUAAAUUCCGCUGCUCACACCUGAAUCUCUGGCUGAGCGACACAGCGAGAAAUAAUCCAGGUUUGCCCACACUGAGUGAAUAGUCAAAGGACAAGAAGGAGAGUCUGACUAAACAGCAGGAAAAGUUAUCUGACAGUAAGGGAGUCUCUCAGAAGGUGGUGGGCUCCCUUUCACUGGAGGUUUUCAAACAAAGGUUGUAUGGCUGCCUGUCAGGGAUUCUUUAGCUGUGAUUCCUGCAUUGCAGUGGGUUGGACCAGAUGACCCCUGGGGGUCCCUUCCAGUGCUACAGUUCUGAUUCUAGGACACUGGAGCCAGUCUCAGCUCCCUGGAUGAAGCCUUUCUCCAGGCCUAACUGUAAAUCCUCUUAGGUCAGCGGUGGCGAACCUACGGCACGCGUGCCAGAGUGGGCACGCGGAGCCCUCACUCCUGGCACACAUGCUAUCGGCCCAUCCGCGCUGUUGUUUUGUUGGUUUUUCCAUUUGUGCUCCCGCUCCUCCCCAUGCUACUGCGUGCAUCCACUGCUUAAACCCGGAACUUUUAUUUUUCUUAUUUGCUGGUAGCUGGCGAUUGUGUUCGGCGAUUGCUCUGUUUUUCAAUUGGCUACAGCAGUGGCUGUUUCCGAUUGGACAUAACAGUGUUCGUUAUUUGACCCUCGUGAUUUUUUUUCUGCACUUUUUCCGGUGCUGGGUGGUAGUUCCCAGCUCCCCCCUCCAAGCCAGGCCUCGCCCAUUCCCUUCUGCCCCCCCCCACUCCAAUCCUCCGCAGGCUCCUCGUCUCCCUUGGGCUUGACCUGCCUUGGCUAGGAGGGCACCUGUGCCCGCCACCUACCUGCGUGCCUGGCCCAACCCAGUCUCACCCCUUUGCCGUUGCUGGAGGGAAGGAGGGAGGGAGGAAGAUGGGGAAGACCACACCGGGAUCGCGGGCAGGUAGCAGGCAGGCACGGCUGUUGGGCUGGCUGGCUGGGGUGGGGGCUCUUGCUCUCCCUCUCCUCCUGUCCGCUGCUCACCUGGCCCCAGGGCUGCUCCGUCCUCCCCAUCGCAUCAGCCUGAGAACGAGCCAGCCAGCUAGCCGGGGAGCGCGCCCAGCACAUCUGGUGGGAGGGGGGAAGACGGAGGGAGAUGGCGAGAACCGCGGCAAUUUUUCUCUUCUGUCUCUCCCCCAGAAAGCUCAAAAACUUUGGGCACUUUGCAAUAAAUAAGUGGGUUUUGGUUUGCAGUUUGGGCACUUGGUCUCUAAAAGGUUCGCCACCACUGUCUUAGGUGCACACAACGGAAGCAACUGCUGAUACAUUUUUGCAGUGGAAAGAAAAUAUUUGGCCCUUUAACCUAUCUUCCUCUCUGCAUGCUCCUUUAGCCCCCUGCCUCUGAAGUUCAUGCAGAAGUGCUGCUCUAGCCGGGUGGUGCCUGCCCCCCUGUGUCAUGCUUUCCCCCCUUUUCCUCUGUCCUCCCCAGAAGCCCAAGUCUGAGCUGGUGCGCACCUCUCUGCGGCUGCUGACCUCCAGUGCCUUCCGACUGCAUUCCGAGUGCACAAAGGCCCUUCCACCAGAGUCCUGCCCCCUGGCCGACAUCCAGCUGGUCACCCAGCAGGUCAUUCAGUGCGCCUAUGACAUCGCCAAAGCUGCCAAGCAGCUGGUCACCAUCACAACCAAGGAGAACACCAACUGA